AUGGAGUGCACGAGAAGAUCAAAAUCAAAGGUAAAGAAAAAUAUGGUCAAUAAUGAGUCUCAAAGGCGUGUGGACUUGGUUGGUCUCUGGCAUAGGAAAACAAAGUCACAGUCUCUUUCAUAUUAUGAUCCCUUCAUUAAGCGUAUUCAAAAAAUGAGUGUGGCUUCUCACCCUCCAAGCUCUGCCAAGUUGAGUCAGCCCACUGCCAAGGCUUCCUCCUUUUCUUCCCCUCUUGCCCCACCAGUUGUAAAGUUAAAUGUCAGAGGAAAGGCUUUUCCUGGUGAUGGGACACCUGAAAUAAAGGAAUCACCUCUUGUGGUUUGUUUUGGGGAAAUGCUCAUUGAUUUUGUCCCAACUGUCAGUGGCCUUUCUCUGGCUGAAGCACCUGCGUUUAAAAAGGCUCCGGGAGGUGCCCCUGCUAAUGUUGCAGUAGGCAUAUCUCGAUUAGGAGGUUCAUCAGCUUUCAUGGGAAAGGUUGGUGAAGAUGAAUUUGGAUAUAUGCUUGCUGAUAUACUAAGGGAAAAUAAUGUAAACAGUGAAGGAAUACGUUUUGACCCUGGUGCACGUACUGCCUUAGCAUUUGUUACAUUGAGGAGUGAUGGAGAGCGAGAAUUCAUGUUUUACCGUAAUCCCAGUGCUGAUAUGCUGCUCCAAGAAGAUGAACUUGAUUUGGACCUAAUCAGAAAGGCCAAGAUAUUCCAUUAUGGUUCUAUAAGUCUUAUAACAGAGCCAUGCAAAUCAGCACACAUAGCUGCAGCAAAGACUGCAAAAGAUGCUGGUGUAGUUCUGUCUUAUGACCCUAACCUGAGGCUUCCUUUAUGGCCUUCUGAAGAUAGUGCAAGAGAAGGAAUUCUGAGUAUAUGGGAGACUGCAGAUAUCAUAAAGGUAAGCGAAGAAGAGAUUUCUUUUCUUACAAAAGGUGAGGACCCAUAUGAUGAUGCUGUUGUACGUAAACUAUUCCACAAAAACCUCAAGCUACUCCUAGUUACUGAAGGUGCAGAAGGUUGUAGAUAUUACACCAAGGAAUUCAGUGGCAGGGUGAAGGGAUUGAAGGUGGAUGCUGUUGAUACCACCGGUGCUGGUGAUGCUUUUGUGGCUGGAAUAUUAUCACAAUUAGCUGUGAAUCUUUCAUUACUUCAGAAAGAGGAAGAGUUGAGAGAUUCUCUCAAGUUUGCUAAUGUCUGUGGUGCAUUGACUGUGACUGAGAGAGGUGCAAUUCCAGCUUUGCCCACCAAGGAAGCUGUUCUUAAUGCUAUGCUAAAGCCUGUUUCCUAA